ACUGCGUUUGUUGUUGUGUUUACGUCGUUCGUCAAGAUAAAUAAUAAAAAUUUCGUCCAUCGCCCUUUCUUUAGGAUUCUUACGCGUAAAAUGUGCCGUUUCCUUGUGUAAUCUCCGAAAAUUGCUUGUUGACAUCCCACCACCACAUUCUAAAGAUCAUUCGUUCCACCCAGCCACUCCAUUCGAAAACUAGACGGUUCGAAGACGUAAUAGACAUUGCCAUCCCAACUCUCAAGUGCAGUGAAGUGUUUCAUUUCCCCAUCAAUUUCCGCACAAUUUCAGCUCAGAAUGACGCUCUUCUAAAGCCGUACAAUAUAUUUCCCAUCCGGGCUCCUAAUUUUACCCCGCGCUUACAGCCCACGAGUACAGUUGAUCCUGUAAGUGUCAUCAUCUUCAACCUUAUGUUUUGUCUUGUGGAAUCAUGCCGCUUUUUGGAAAAUCACAGAAAAGCCCCGCUGAGGUUGUCAAAGCUCUGAAAGAAGCCGUCAAUGCUCUUGAAAAAGGAGAUAAAAAAGCUGAAAAAGCUCAAGAAGAUGUCAGUAAAAACUUAGUUUUGAUAAAGAAUAUGCUGUAUGGAACAGCCGACUCUGAGCCACAAACAGACAUCAUCGUUGCACAGCUAGCACAAGAAAUGUACAACACUCAUCUUCUGCUUCUGCUUAUCACCAACCUCAACCGUAUAGAUUUUGAGGGAAAGAAAGAUGUGGCACAGGUCUUCAACAAUAUUGUUCGACGACAAAUAGGAACCAGGUCUCCGACCGUUGAGUACAUCUGCACAAAACCAGAAAUUCUCUUCACCCUGAUGAGCGGAUACCAACAUCAGGAAAUAGCCCUUAACUGCGGAACAAUGCUAAGAGAGUGUGCUCGGUAUGAGGCCUUGGCCAAAAUUAUGCUUCAGUCUGAAGAUUUUUUCAAUUUUUUCCGCUAUGUUGAAGUCUCCACUUUUGAUAUUGCCUCUGAUGCCUUUUCUACGUUCAAAGAACUGCUGACACGUCACAAAAUCCUAUGUGCAGAAUUCUUGGAGCACAAUUACGAUAAAGUUUUUUCACAUUACCAACGGCUACUCAACUCAGAGAACUAUGUCACAAGACGGCAAAGUCUCAAACUACUUGGUGAACUCUUAUUGGAUCGACACAACUUCACAGUGAUGACCAAAUAUAUAUCAAAUCCAGAUAAUCUUAAAUUAAUGAUGAAUAUGUUAAAGGAAAAAUCUCGCAACAUUCAGUUUGAAGCUUUCCAUGUAUUUAAGGUUUUUGUAGCAAAUCCCAACAAACCAAAAGCGAUACUGGACAUUCUCUUACGGAAUCAAGAAAAGCUAAUAGACUUCCUGACCAAGUUCCACACAGACCGGUCAGAGGACGAGCAGUUUAUUGAGGAGAAGGCAUACCUCAUCAAGCAGAUCAAGGAGCUCAACAAAAACGCCACGGAGCACUAACUAAGAGAGCAACCCUGCCUCCAGCCUGCAUCCGAAGGAAACUCAACUGAAAAUCCGCAGUGAUCCGAGGCCAAGAGAAUCACCUCAACUUUAAUCGAUUGUGGCCGAGCACUCUUCACAUUCAUUCAACAUGACUGCGCUAUAUUCUGAGCCACUGCGAGGAUUCCCUGUACUCAAUAUCGACUAGUCGAAUCAAUGUCAGAUUACCAUCCGAUUUUCAUCCAUUCCAGUGGUUGUAAUCAAGCUUUCAUUGAAUGCAGCGAAAUGCUUAUCCAAAGUGAAUCAGUUUAAAUUGAAUACUAAUCGGGUGUAUAUUGUUUAUUCAUCUAAUGCAACAGGUUGUACUCAGACUUUCAUGAAUUCCUUUAAUCCCAACAAAAAAGCACAGUCAAAUUUGCUUGUAUGCAGCAGCGUGAAAUGAAAUUUCUUUUCAGUAAAAUUCUUUGGAAUCCUGUUACAAAGAUGUUGCAGCUAUCAACAAUUCAACAGCUGCAAUGGGAAGUUAAUUUUCUGCCAGAGAACACAACGCUCUGAAUUUAAUAAAUUCUUAUAUGAUAAAGUAUUAUUGCGGAAAAUGACUAGGAAAUUAAUUGCUGUAAAGAAUCAGGAUUCUGUAAAAAUUUAAGUUUGAAGGCGUCAUAACUACAAGUUGCGAAGGAAGAAGUAUUUUAAGAUCAUAACUGGUGAGGUGUCCUAUUCUUCCUGAAGUGUUUGGUUACAGCAUUCAAACGUUCAUCCUUUACAGCCAUAUUAACUGAUUAAAGUCUGAUUUUUUACCAAAAAGGUGAAUCAGUUGAUUCUUUCUGGUUGAGCUGAUGUUAGACUUGGAUAAACUACCUGAAUCAUUGAUGUAGAAAAAUGAAUCAUUGUUGAACGAUUUGCCUAUUAAGGUUUUAUUUUCCCUAUUUCUUAAAGUAAUUCAUCUCUCCACUAACUUACGUUUUUAGAAACUUCUAGACCUAGCUUUCGUAGACUUUUUGAUCAGAACUUUAAAAAAAAGUGGUGAGAAAUUUUCUCUCUAAUUAAAGGAGGAAUAUGUUACUUUAGUGGCUGUGAAACAGUUUACAAGCACUAACUGUCCUUAGUACAUUUGAUACAUUGAUUCAAUUUUUUUAUUCCUAUGAAUAUUUCUGCAAAAUUCCCUCUUUUCAUCCUCCAUUGUUACCUCAGUUUAAAGGAGCUUCAAUCAUAGUAAAUUUUAUGGAUUGCGGCCUUCAUUUCUGAACUAGGCUGCUGUUAAUAGAAUUUGAUCAAUCUCAUUUAAUGGAAGAAUGUUAAACUUUUCAGGACAUAGGAUUUAAUCGCACAUUUAAGUAGAACUCCACCAUGAUUAUCUUUAUUUUAAUCAAAACUUUUAAAAGCCUUAAAAAACAUACGAUUCUAUCUGAAAGGAGUUAAUUAUUGAUAAUUGAUCGUUUAUUGUCGAAAUUUAAAAUUACAAUUUCAGAACUAAGUUAAUCAUCAUCUAGUGUUUCAACUCGUUUGUCUCUCUUCUAUUCUUCAUAAUGAAAAUGACACUUUACCUUCAAAAACAUUCAUAAUUUUUUCUAAGCCAUAAAAAUCAAAUAUAGGCAGUAAAUGUUUUAGUUUCUCAUCACUAUUAUGUGUACAGUGAACUGGUUCAUUGUGUACCAUGGUUACACUACAAACAAUCAUUAUGUUAGUACUAAGCCAGCUUGAAAUGCUGGCAUGUUUUGACUUAACAUUUUAGUCAAAGUCUCAAUGAAAGUUUUAAAAUUGCUGCCCAA